AUGGCGGCCUCCGGCUGGGCGCGCGCGGUCCUGGUCCUCCUCUGCGCCUCCGACCUGCUGCUGCCGCCGCUGCCGCCCGGGGCCUCCGCUGCCGAGGACGCGGCCCGGACGCCCGGCGAGGCCAGCCCGCCUCCGCGGAAGAAGAAGGACAUCCGCGACUACAACGACGCGGACAUGGCGCGUCUCCUGGAGCAGUGGGAGAAGGAUGACGACAUUGAAGAAGGGGAUCUCCCGGAGCACAAGAGACCCUCGGCGCCUAUCGACUUCUCACAGAUAGACCCGGGCAAGCCCGAGAGCAUCCUGAAGAUGACCAAGAAGGGGAAGACGCUCAUGAUGUUCGUCACCGUGUCCGGAAGCCCCACGGAGAAGGAGACGGAGGAGAUCACCAGCCUCUGGCAGGGCAGUCUCUUCAAUGCCAACUACGACGUGCAGAGGUUCAUCGUGGGAUCAGACCGCGCCAUCUUCAUGCUUCGGGACGGGAGCUACGCCUGGGAGAUCAAGGACUUUCUGGUCAGCCAGGACAGGUGCGCCGACGUAACCCUGGAGGGGCAGGUGUACCCCGGCAGAGGCGGAAGCAAAGAGAAGAAUAAAACAAAGCAGGAGAAGGGCAAGAAGCAGCAGGAGGGCGCCCCGAAGUCUCGGGCCAGCAAGGCUGCCAAGGAAGACAAUCGAGCCGGGAGUAAGAGGGAGGAGCUGUGAGCGGCCGCCACGGCCCCUUCGGAGGAGCCCUCGGGACGGAAGACCGCUCCCCGGGCAGGGCGGGCACAGGCACCCCUCGCCGAGGACAUCCUGCUUUCUUCUGGAAGUGCCCAUAGGACCAGGUGUGGUCCAUGUGAGAAGAACUGUCUGAACGGCUUCAAGAAGGAAGACGAGGUCUUGUCAUUCACGUUGGACAACGACACAUUCGCGUUUACCAUAAAGUCACUGUACGUGGAAGCCCGACUUGCUUUUCCCGUUUCGGUAUGGGGGUGUCGCUGACUCCUACGGCCACGCUUCCGUCACCACGCCGGCCCUGGCCCACGGGCGUGCUGGGUCUGUGCUUCCUUCCUUUCUGUUCACCGGGGCUGCCGCGGGCUGACCAGACGGACGCAGACUCGGCGGGACCGGGCUCUUCGGGCUGCAGACUGGCCUUCGGGACUGUCGUGAAGCCCUCCCCGGGAGCCCUGCGCGCACUCGGGGGUCUGACUGUGCAGUGGCAUGGCCCGAUGUCUGACCCCCCACAUCGGUGCGGAGGACGUCACGCGGCUGUCCUCUACUUUGAAUCCUGGGGGGGCUGUCGGUACGUGUGUGGGUUUACGCAGUCCGUCCGGGUCCGGGUUGUGUUUCUGUCCUGCGUGGGGCUCGCGCGUGCCACGUCCCGGGACGGUGCUGAGGGUGGGCGGCGGGAGUCAGCAGGUGGGACGGGACACCCCGUGACCUCGUUCUCCUCUGCCUGUUCUUUGACGAAGUGCCUCAACUGGUUGCGUCCUAUGCUGCGGGGACGCGCCUCCCGCUCCUGCCGGGUGUGGCUGUUCGUGCGUCAGGCCGGCAGGAUUUAGCUGCCGGGGUCGUUGGUGAGAACUAAAAUUACUUGUACAAGACUUCCGUUGUGACUCUAUCAAAUCAAAAAUAGCGCAUGUGCGUGGUUCCAAAUGUGACUGAGGAAGGUACAAAGUGACAAGUUCGUGCCUCCCCCUGCCACUGCCGCCUCUCAGGGGAAGCUCCUGUUAAGUUGUUUCUAAGGAAAAAAAAGUUCGCUCCGCA